GUUUGCCCGGCCUCCCGCUUGCUUGCCCGGCUGCCGGCUGAGUCGGGGCGGCGGCGCGAUGGGGCGCAUCGAGUGGGCCAUGUGGGCGAACGAGCAGGCGCUGGCCGCCGGGCUGAUUUUAGUGACCGGUGGCAUCGUGGCGGUUGCAGGCCAAUUCAAAAUGUGGCCGAUUGCAGUUUAUGCAAU